UCAACACCAAGCUAGCUUCUUGCUGUCCCUGAAGUGCACACGCUUCUUCUCCCCAUGGCACGCUGCAACCUCCUCGUCCUCGUCGCCACCGCCGCCUUCGUGACGUUGGCUCUUGCCGUCGUCAGAGCCGAGGCGUCCGGCGGCAUUGGGUUCAACCUCCACCACCGGUUCUCGCCGGUGGUCCGGCAGUGGAUGGAGGCGCGAGGCCAUGCCCCCGCCGGCUCCAGCUGGUCGUUGCCUGAGGAGGCAGUACCGCAAGGCUCUCCGGAGUACUACUCCGCGCUGCUCCGCCACGACGACCGUGCCCUCUCCGCCCGCCGCCGCCGUGGCCUCGCCAACGCCGACGGCCGCCAGAGCACCCUCACCUUCGCCGACGGCAAUGCCACUCACCUCGACACCUACGAAUACUUGCACUACGCGGAGGUGGAGGUGGGCACGCCGAGCUCCAAGUUCCUGGUGGCGCUGGACACCGGCAGCGACCUCUUCUGGCUGCCCUGCGAAUGCAAGCAGUGUGCGGAGACCGGCAACGCCACGACGGACCGGACGUACAGCCCGAGCCAGUCGUCCACGAGCAAGACAGUGCCGUGCGGCCACCCGCUGUGCGAGCGCCCGGACGCCUGCGCUGCCGCGGGCACGGGCAGCAACAGCAGCAGCAGCUGCCCCUACGAGGCGAAGUACGUCUCCGCCAACACCGGGUCCUCCGGGGUGCUGGUGGAGGACGUGCUGCACCUCACGGGCGGCGGUGGUAAGGCGGUGCAGGCGCCGAUCGUGUUCGGGUGCGGCCAGGUGCAGACGGGGGAGUUCCUGCGAGGCGCUGCCUCCGGCGGCCUGAUGGGUCUGGGCAUGGACAAGGUCUCCGUGCCCAGCGCGCUGGCCAGCAGCGGCCUCGUCGCGUCCGACAGCUUCUCCAUGUGCUUUAGCCGCGACGGGGUCGGCCGGAUCAACUUCGGCGACGACGGCGGCGCGGGCCAGGCGGAGACGCCGUUCAUCGCCGCCGGGAGCUUACAGACUGCUUAUUACAACAUCAGUGUCGGAGCGAUCACGGUGGACAGCAAGGUUAUGGCGGUGGAGUUCACCGCCGUUGUGGAUUCCGGCACGUCGUUCACCUACCUCAACGAUCCGGCUUACACAUUGCUCACGACCAAUUUCAAUUCGAGGGUUUCCGAGGUCAGAGACACUUAUGGCAGCGGGUAUGAAAAGUUCGAGUAUUGCUACAGAUUGAGCCCCGGCCAAACAAGCAUGAGGCGGCUGCCGGCGGUGAGCCUGAGGACCAAGGGAGGCGCCGUGUUCCUCGUCACGUGGCCCGUCAUCCCCGUCCUCGCCAGCAGCAACGGCGGGCCGUACCAUCCCAUCGGCUACUGCUUGGGUGUCAUCAAGAACAGCAUCAUCAGCGGCGCCGAGGACGCCACCAUUGGCCAGAACUUCAUGACCGGGCUCAAGGUCGUCUUUGACCGUAGGAGAUCUGUCCUGGGAUGGGAGAAGUUCGACUGCUACAAGGAUGCCAAGAUGCAAGACGGCGGGAGCCCGGACACUUCGCUCGGGAGCCCUGCCGGUGACUCUGCUCCGGGGAGCCCCGACGACGGCGUUCCCUUCGUGCCACUGCCAUGGGAGAACAGCACAACCGAUGGAAUGUACCCCGGCAGCGGGAGGGUGCCGGUGCCGUGGCCAGCGAGGUCAUGGUCAGGUUCAGGUUCAGGCAGCAGCUGCAGCAGCGAGGCGUCGUUUGGAGGCCUCCUCUCCUUGAUACUGGUUCAUGCGCUUGUUGUUAUAUGUGUGGCUUGGUGAUAAUAUGUCCCACCAUAUAUGCUUAUAUGCAUGUGUAUUUCCAAUCUAAUCAUGAAACAUGAUGACUUUCACGUCAAUUAUGUAAACCAUCUAAUCUAUAUCAUGGACUCCCUCCGUUCCCAAGUCA